GUCGCUGCCCGCAGAGAGGCCCGUGCGGCGGCGGGGCGGGAGGGGGGAGAGAGGCAGCCAGAGACGCGCCGUGCGGGGACGGACGCUGCCGCUGCCGCAGAGCAGAGCAACAAGGGCACCGAACCAGCCGGCGACCGCGGCACCUUCUCCCGCAGACAACCGACACAGCAGACAGCCAUAAUGCGGCAGCGCCCGCCGAGCCCGGAGCUGACGUGACAGCGCACAAACCGGAGGAAGCGGCACCACCUCCCCUCCCGGUGGCCUCGGGGAGCGCGGCAGCUCGGUCGGUGUGUCUGGAGGCGGCGGCGGCGGCUGCAGACAUGUCCUCGCUAACCGUGGAGGAGGAGCAGAUAUGGGUACCGACGCACGUCCAGGUGACGGUGCUCAGAGGCAGGGGCUUACGGGGCAAGGGCAAGCACGGCACCAGCGACGUGUACGCCAUCAUCCAGCUGGGGAAGGAGAAGUACUCGACCGGCGUGGUGGAGAAGACCACCGAGCCGGAGUGGAGGGAGGAGUGCUCCUUCGAGCUGCAGCCCGGCGUGCUGCAGGGCGGCGGGCGGAGCGGGUACCCGGCCGGGGGCAGCGAGCUGGUCCUCACCGUCAUGCACCGGGCGCUGAUCGGGCUGGACGUGUUCCUCGGCCAGGCUGUGGUUCAACUGGAUGAGGUGUUCAACCAGAGCAGAUGGGUGAAAAACCAGUGGUACAGACUCAACUCCAAGACUGGGAAGAAGGAGAAGGAGCGAGGAGACAUUCAAGUCACCGUCCAGUUCACCAGAAACAACCUGACAGCCAGCAUGUACGACCUCGUGAUGAAGGACAAAGGCACCUCCACCUUCAAUAAGCUCAAAGAACGCAUGAGGGGGAAGAGGAGAUCCAGUGAGGAGGACUCCUCCUCGGCCGUCCAGACAAGUGGAAACGGGUCCUUGUAUCGGAUGCGUCACCGGCUGCCGAGCGAUGGAGGAGGCGAGGAGGAAUACGAGGACGACGAGGGGGGCGAGGCCCGGCGGAGCAAGAUGAGGACCUUCUUCCUGAGAGGGAAGCUGAGGAAGUCGUCGGACACUCGCUCCAGCACAUCUCUCGGCUCAGAGAGCAGCGAGUCGUCGCGGGGCGGGAGCCUCAGUCCCACAGCGGGGAUCAGUGUGGUGGUUUCUGACCUGUCCAACUCCCCCAGUAACAGCAGCAACCUGACGGCAGACAACUCCCCAGAGCACACAUACACGUCGCCCAAGUCGCCCUCGCUCAGAUGUGACUCCGGUGACGAGGCCGGUGAGAUCACCAUAGCAGUGCCUCAGCCCACUGUGUGCGUUAACGGAAGCCAUGCUUACAAAGUCCAGCCCCUGGACCCAGGCUCAGGAAAACCCGUCAACUCCUUAGGCCUGGGACUGUUGCAGAAGUCUUUGCCCGUGUCAGUGUCGCUACAGAACCUCAGCCCGCAGGCGUCCGCAGACCCCCACAAAGCCCCUGUGGGCGACGGGCGCCGCUGGUCCUUUGACAAACCCGACGAGGAGGAAAAGGCAGCCAUAGCAGCGGCUCUGGAGCAAAGAGGCCCCAUGCAGGGUGAGGAGGAAGAGGAGCGUUUGGGACAGGCGGCUCUGUCAGACAGCCAGGGGAAGAAGCAGAGGAGGAACUUGUUCCCCCACGGGAGGAGUGAUUCUGCUGGGAAAGGGCAGAGUCAGAUCAAGGACGGGUCGGAGGAGGGCCCCGCUGCCACUGAGGAGAAACACAAGGGCUGGUUUGGAUCUAAGGACUCAAACAGCAAACCAAGCCUGGUGGUGUCACCUAAACUAGACCCCACCACUGAUCCCCUCCCCUCUAGUAACCACCCCUCGAGUCCCCCGGUCGAUCUUACCUCUCCGGUUUCUCCGCUGCAUCACACUAACCCCUUCUGCCGCUCACAGACCUCACCACCUCCCCUAUCCCCCUGCAACCCUUUCUUCUCCGUCCUCCAGCACAACCCUUUCUAUGACGACGUGCUAACCACUCAGCCCCCAACACCCCCAUUGCCUCCUCUGCCCUAUCUCUCCAGCUCCCGGCCCCCCAUAGCUCAGCUCUUUCCGCAGGCGAGCAACCCCAACCACACUCUGACCCACGACAGCCCAACCACAGAGGACUCCUUCGUUGGCACAGAUGUUGCAACGAGUGACCGGAUGGCCGAAGUUGAGAAACAUUUAGGCAAGGAGUUCUCCGACACUUUUAUGUCCGCUGGGCAGCCGGAGCCAGAUUCAGAGUGGGACGAGUCUUUUGAAGCGUUUGCAGCUGGCAGGCUGCAGCCUCCAGAGGACCUGAGCACAGAUUGCAAAACACAGCAAAACAAGCCCAGUGACCAUCCACUGGAAAACUGCAAUAAUAAAGAAACAUUACUCUCCAUAACGGAUCAGAACACGAGUGUAAAUGACGCACUACGUCACCAACCCUGCAGAAAAGACCCGUCCCAAGAAGACACUGACGCAUUUGCACAGUUCCUUGAAACAAUCCCAGAACACAUCAACACUGAGAGCGACAACACAACUUUGAAUCCUGCUGAUCUAUCAAACCUUGAUGCUUGCACGGAAACUAAUCGAGCUAACAGUACCACUAACACAAAUAUACCCAACACUAACAUGCACCAGACCCCCUGUAACACUUCAUCCACACAGCUCAACAGCAGCUCCCUGGAUCCUGCUUCGUCGGGUCUCGGCAGCUCGGUCGAGGACGAGUUCCUCUCCUGUCUUUCUUCUUAUCCCGAUAAAUUAUCUGCAUCCUCCUUCGAGGAAGCUGAGGCACGGAACUUUGAGAGCAACAUCCAACAUCCAGAGUCCGCCGUGUCUCAAAAUCCAAAGCCCUCAGAAUCUGAAGAUGACAUUAGCGACAGGUCAAAUGAUUGGACGGCGUUUGAUGUCGCACAGCAAACUGUUAUCCAGCCGCAGGAUAGGGAAGGAGGUCCUGACACUUCAGAGGCACCGCAGUCCCCAUUGAUUCCACAUCAGGAGCUCGAGAUCACGAGAGAGACACAAAGAGAAAGUGCAGAUACCGAGACGCUUAACAUUUCCAACGACUUGCUGCCGAAGCUCUCUGAACUACAACUGGAAUCCAACGUCUCUUUACCGUCUGAUGAUGAAAGUGCAGGAAAAGGCCCCGAUUUGUUUGAAAGCUCUUUAGUGGAUUUCUCUGAGGAGUUUGAUGAUAGUUCUGACAACAACAAUAAACAUGUGAACAUCCUCGUGACUCCAGACGACGAAUUCUCCUCCACACUCCCAUCGUUAUACAUCCUGACCUCCUCCCCUGAUCUGAAGCAGCGUUUGUUGGACACCAGUUUAGGGCGUCGGGAGGCGAGCCGGUCUACUCCAGUCUCAUUUGGGGCUUUCGGUGAAACCAGACCCGGCCUCGACCUCGACAGCACACUGUUGCACACUCAGGUGUCUGAUCAGAGCUCCAGCAGCUUCCUGCAAAGUCUUUAUGUCAGCACUGACUCGCAAGAUUACCAGACUUGUGCCUCUCACCCGUCCUCCAGCGUCUCUGAGUUCGAAGAGACGCUCUGCGGUGAGCUGAGCGACAUUCAGACAACUGCUGACGCUGCUUUGGGCCGAGAAGAGUCCACCAGUGCAUCCACGUCGUCGAACAGAGAAAUCAACCAAACCGACAGAUUUGAAGAAUCCCGUCGUGGAGGCGAUGACGGGACAAAGUUCUCGAUGGGGGAUGAUUUUGGUCUAGAAGUUCUCCCUGCAGCACUUAAAGACUCCGAGGACAGCUGCGGUCCAAAGACGCUCGAUGAAGAAGGUGAGGCAAACCAAAGCAGUGUCUUCGAUGACGAGUUCUCAAGAUAUACUCAAACCCAGUCUGCCACACUACACCGCUCCCACUCUGAGGGAACCCUGACGCCCGGCUUUGACGAACUCCUCCUGCCCUCCUUCGGGAGCGACCCCGGUGCGAUACAGGAGUCCUCCUCGGCUCAACCAGACCCCGCCCUCCCUUCUCUGACCUCCUUUGCUCCCUCUCUAACUCCUAGUAGCUCCCAUGUAGUGCUCUGCUCCUUCCCUCCCCUUGCCAGUGCGUUGGUGAAGUCACCGCCCAGCACGGCACAAGCUGCCGUGCCAGAGCCUGAGGAGACGCAGGAGCAGCAGCAGGAGGCAGCCAGUCAGCAGAACAGGUGAGGUUGCACAUGCUCGGUGAGAAGGUGGAGGGGAUCCAGCUUCCAGAAUUUUCUAUCCUGUCGUCUUCUUCAGUCUUCUUCUGCCGCUCCGCUUCUGCCGAGUCACCAGCUCUCAAGGGGUUUUUUCCUUUUGUGGUGUGACCUUCUCUUUUUCAUCUCACACACACACACACUGACGUUAACAGGACUCCUCUGCAGGUGUCUUGUGUGUGGUGACAGGAGGGGAAACAGAGCC